UUUCCAUGUCCGUUGGUGUUUUUCCUCCAUCGUUUGAGAAGCUCAAACGUUACAAAUAUUCUCGCUAGAUAUAUCUAUUCCUUAUUCUACGAUUCUUAUUUAGGCAGUCAUCAAAACUGAUGCCUGCAUUUAAGGCGUUUUCACUUGAACUGGGAGGUGUACACCGGGUAUUCUAUUACGUUUGAGGCUUUUUCUUUUGCACAAAUGUUGAGUGUGGAGUCCUUACAAGUAGCCGAGGAGGAGGUGGUUGAGUCGAGCUCCAACCGUUUGGGGGAUAUCUACACCUUUGUGGCUGAGGGUUGCUAUCCCCAGACCAUGAACCCCAUACGAAAGAAGAAUCUCAAAAGAUAUGCUCAGAAAUUUAUCAUUGAUGAGGGCCGACUAUACUAUGUGGGACCUAAGAAAGAGGAAAAACGUGAGGUGGUCAUAGAAGCCGAACAAAAGAGGCAAAUAUUCCUAGAUUGUCACUUCAAUGACAUAGGUCAUCACCUGGGUCAAAAGAAGACUGUCCACAGGAUUCAGAGCAAAUACUAUUGGCUGGGAAUAGUGAAGGAUGUGGUGGACUGGAUCAAAGAAUGUGAAACGUGUCAACACACAGAAAAGAGCAAAAACAUGACCAGGACUCUCCGGCCAAUCAAAGUGGAUGCUCCUUGGGAUAUUGUAGGGAUUGACGUGCAUGGGCCCUUCCAAGUGACCAAGCAAGGAAACACUUAUGUGGUCAUAAUCACCGAUUACUUCAGCAAAUGGGUGGAGGCCUUCCCCAUUCAAAAGCGAGACACCUCCUCAGUUGCAAGAUGCAUCUCAACAUCGAUAUACAGGUUUGGGGCAGCUAAAACAAUACUCUGCACCCAGAACCCCGAUUUCUGCGAAGCGGUGACAAAGCAGCUGUGUGAUCGGUGGAGCAUCGUCCAAAAGGUGUGUUCUGUAGACCCGCCCCAGCCGAACCCUCUCCACGACCACUCCAGUGAUCAGCUAAAGGAGGCCAUCGCACACAUGGUGGCAGAGAAACAGUCCGAAUGGGACGAUUUCCUGGACCCCGUCCUGUUCUUCUUCAGAACCUCCACCAACCACACAACUAAAUUCACACCCUACUCUUUAAUGUUCAAUAGGAAAGCUAGUUUACCCUAUGAGACUAAACUUAGCCUCCUCACUUAUGGCCAAGCACAUGAUAUGUGCUCAUUGAAGGAAGAAGCCACUUCCUACAUGACAGCAAUGGAAGAUCAGCAAAACUCUGUGAAACAGCUGGUUCUAGCUAACAUGAAUGCAGCCUAUAAACAAGAGAAGAAGAACAACAAACGCAGAACUCGGAAUGUGACCUCAAUCACCUUCAAAGUCGAAGACCCGAUGUUUGGUUCAGGGGAGUCUCCAUCUCCCAAAAAACUGAAAGAAAGCAUUUAUUUAUCAUUCCCUGUGGAGACCGUCCUUGCUACUGAGCAAAGUAGCUCUGAUGACAAAAAGUGUGACUUGGAAUAUCCCUUGCCAGGGUCUGAUGUGCAUUGAAUGUUGCCGUACGGUUUCUGCUGUGAAGGGGAAUACGGGUAGAACCAUUCAGAGACUGUUAAAUAGAACCUGCCUCAGUGCCAAGGGGAGAAAUCCGGUAAACUGGUGACUAAAUCAGUGAAAUUGAACACUAGGGCACAGUUUGAUUGGUUGUCCAAAUAUACAGUUUCCUAGAGAAUUUGUGUCCAGCUAUCGUUUUUUUAAUGAAACAGAUAAGAGCAGGCCUGUAUUUUGUGUGAGUAAUCUUGUACUUUACUAAAUCAUCUUUGUGGUUGUGAAUAUACUACCCCAUGAUUUUGGUGGGUAUGAACAAUGCGCUCUAGCCUUUUUGCUAAAACGUGGGCAUGUACUCGCACAUUUAUAACAUACUUUUUUAAAGAUAGAAAAUUGUUGACAAAUGUUUUGCUGCUAUAAGUGUGAAGUUAUUUUACAUGUUUCUUGUGAAAACUAAUAUUGUAAAAUAAAAUGUAUAUUAUGGUUUCAUUUAA